AUGCCUUUCGUUUGUUCACGCAAUGCGUCGCAUUCCGCGCAGAUGCCAGCGGCUUGCGCGUGUGGUCCACGAGAGACGGUAGCGCGGCAUAUGCUACGCCGACCGGCGCUGCGCGCUCUCGAUCGGUCGCGGCGGCCAUCGAGGCGGUCCUGCGGACACCUCACCCCAAGGCCAUCCCGCUGUCGGCUUGCUCUGCUUUGCGCUGCCAGUGCGCGCGGCGUAGCGGACUCCGACACGCACGUACCGCUGCAGGGAUGCUCGACGGUGAUCCUUGACUGCGACGGGGUCCUGUGGCGCGGAGACCAGGUCAUUCCGGGGGCCGUGGAAGCAAUCAGGAAGAUGAGAGACGCUGGCAAGCAGCUUCUUUUCGUGACAAACAACGCGUCCAAGAGCCGCUGGCAGUACGCGGAGAAGUUCGCGUCGCUCGGCAUGGAGGUUGCGCCCGAGGAGGUCGUUCCGGCGUCGUACGCGGCGGCGGCGUAUCUUGACAGCGUCGGGGUGGCGCGCGACGGCGGCCGCGUGUACCUGAUCGGCGGCCGCGGCGUCGAGACGGAGCUGGAGCACCACGGGAUCCCGUUCGUGGGCGGCGUUGCCGCCGCGUCGGACCCGGCCGACAUGUCGGUCGAGGAGAUGCUCGCGUUUGACCUGGACCCGUCCGUCCGCGCAGUCCUCAUCGGAUACGACGCGCACUUCACGUAUCGGAAGAUUGCCACAGCCAACCUCUACCUGCGCAGCGACCCUUCCGUCCGCCUGGUCGGCACGAACGGCGACGCCGCCGACCGCAUCGACGACGAGCGCAUGAUGGCUGGUACGGGCGGCCUCGUCGCGGCGGUCGAGGUGGCGUCGGGGCGCACGGCGCACAUCGUGGGCAAGGGCGGCCCGUGGCUGUUGCCCUUCCUGUGCGGACAGAUGGGCGUCGACCCAGCAAACGCCUGCAUCGUCGGCGACCGCAUGGACACCGAUAUCGCGCUCGGGAAGGACGGCGGGCUCCGGACCAUCCUGACUCUGACUGGCGUCACGCGUGCUGAGGACUUGCGCCACAUGUCUGACAGCGAGCUCCCCGACGUCGUGCUCGACUCCAUCGCCGACAUCACACGGGGCCUGUAA